UUUUUCAUUUCAGAUACUUUCAAGAUAUUCAAUCUAAAUACCCAGGUUGUGGCGAAUCUUGCAAAGCAGUGUUUACCCAAAGACUGGAAAGAGUGUUCUGGUCAUGUGAUUUGGGAAAUUGGAAAUGAGCUGCAUCCUCCCACUCAAUGGUUGCAGGAGUUCUGGAAAUUUCUCAUCCGUCAUUUUGAAGCCCUGGAGUACUUUGUUGGAAUGCCCCUAAUACCUCUUUAUACUCUUCAAAAUGAUACACGUGCCAUAACGUUAGCUAGGUUGAUGCAGAACACAACUCUGGUCUUUCAGAACAGCAAACAGGCCAGCUUAUCAGGAGAACUUGCUGCGGUUGUUAGUAAGGCAGGGGGGACUGUUAUUUCUGAAAGGGACAAAUGUCUGAAACACCAGGAUCUUGACACAUACAUUCUGACACCAUCUCCAAGAAACAUUUUGCAGCUUUUUCUAAAUUUAGGAGCUGAUAGAGUGAUACAUGGCAUCAGCUCAUCAUCAUUCGAGGAAAGAGAAAAACUAUUAAUUUAUUUUUCAAGCUUGGAAUCUUUUUCCAAUGAUGAAAAGCAACUUCUACUAAAAUUGCCCUUGUUCCAACAAAUGCCUUCAAUCACAAGUACGUCUGGGGGCUUCAUUGCUGCUGGAUCAAAGACUGCUGUGAUUCCGAAUUCCACCCCUCCACUCCCUGAUGAUCUUCUCAUGCCAGACAUCAGGAUAAAGUGUGCAACUCAAGCAGAGGAGAGGAUUCUAUCAUUAAUGAAAAUCACCCUCCUAAACACAGCUGAGACAGCCACUGUACUAGUAAAUGGAAUUGAAAAGGGCUUGUAUGAUAGACAAGAAACAGAGAAAAUCAUGGUUUGGAUUUUAGAGUGUGGCAUCUUUCUUUUCCCCCAGAAGCAAGAUUUACACAGAAAAUGCAGGAAUCUGUGCUUCAUUGUGACGAAUGGAAGGGCCCCAGUGAAAGCAUCUAGCCUGUUUGACCCUUGCAAUGAGACAUUUAAAGCUUUGUUUGAGCCAGAAUUUUUUCCACCUGCCAUGUUUUCUGGGAAACAAGAGAUGCUGGAUAGUCUACGUCUACUUGGGUUAAAGUCAAAAGAAGGGGAUAUUAGUCCUGGUGAUGUUUUACAUGUUGCCACUCAAAUCAGUCAGCUGCAUGCAGUUUGUGCGGAAAAAGCUCUCACAAAAGCCAGAGCACUGAUAAAAGUUUUAAACUCCACAGCUGUACUUUCAAACUUUUCAGAACCACAAAUUCAGCAGCUUUUGAAUACACAGUGGUAUCCUUGCAACAGUCCUGGAACUGGCACUGAAAACCACAGUUCACUACUGAAAAGUUUCUAUAAGCCAAAGGAUAUGAGAGAUUCAAAGUACACAAAUGUUGUGGGCUUUGUCAUGCCUCUUACUCAUGAACUGACUGAGAAUGUAAGUUUGAAACUUGGUCUUCUUCGGACACCCCCAAGAGAAAAAGUAUUUGAAAACUUGUCUGCUUUAAUAACAAUGGUAAAUGAAAUUAAAGAUCCAAGAAUGAAUGAGAAUUUGAAUGUUAUGCUACAUGCCAUGUACACAUUUAUGCAGAGCAAAAUGGAACAGUUUAAGAACUUGAUGCUGGACACAGACAUGCCAUGGAUAUUGAUUAAUGGUCAGUUUGUUUCCCCACAGGAUGUAGUUUUAUCCUAUCCCCCUGAUUUAGAUCUUGGCUAUUACAUUCAAAGGGUGCCAGAAGAAUUUUUGAGGUAUAGAACUUUGCUAACAACAUUUGGAGUGAAAGAUGCAUUGUCAAAGAAAGAAGUUGUUGACAUACUUUAUCACAUAAAACAUGCAAUUGACCAAAGGCAUCCAAAAUUUGGUUCCUCCUCUGAACUGAAAGUGGCCAUUUCAAUUCUCAACUGGAUGAGAAAGGAGAAUGCAGCAUUUACAGAAGAUCUUCCAGUACCCGUAAGGACUGGGAAUGAAGGAAAAUUCAAUCUGCAGCCCCUGUCUUCCACUGUCUUUUGCGAUAUUACCAAGGAUGGUUUGGAAGACCUUGCUAAAGAUGAGGAGGUAUUUCAUGUCAUUCAUGAGGAAAUACCUGGAGUGACAGCAAAGUGGCUGGGAGUUCCCCUCCUUAGUACUCGGAUACUAAAUCCAGAAUUCAUUGGAAUAGAGCAGAGUGGCCAAACAGAACCAAUAACAUUAAGAAUCAAAAACAUUCUUAAGGAGUAUGAUGAAGAAGACGACAUCUUCAAAGAACUCUUACAAAAUGCUGAAGAUGCUGGUGCUAAAGUCUGUGGCUUUAUGGUGGACAACAGGCAAAAUAGAGAAUCUUCAAACAGCCUUAUAGACCCAGGUAUGUCCUCCUGUCAUGGCCCAUGUCUUUGGGCCUUCAAUAAUGCACUGUUCACAGAAGAAGACUGGGUAAACAUCACAAGAGUUGGGUCUCCCUCCAAAGACAAACAAGUAGAGAAAAUUGGAAAGUUUGGAUUGGGAUUUAAUGCAGUCUAUCACGUGACUGACAUUCCUUCAAUCCUGAGUGGCAAAAACAUACUUAUUUUUGACCCAAAUAUCACUCAUUUGGAAAAGCACAUUCUAAACAAAGGUAACCCUGGCAUCAAACUUAACUUGUUCAAUGAAAGGCUGUUUCAUAGGUUCCCUGGGCAGUUCAGAUGUUACCAAGGAGUUUAUGGCUGUAAUCUUGAAGUAGACAGCAACCAGCGGUUCUAUCAGGGAACUCUCAUUAAAUUACCUUUUCGGACACAGGAUGAGGCAGAGACCUCAGAAAUCAGUAAAAAAGUCUAUGGUGGAAACCAAGUCCAUAACUUAGUGACACAGUUAAUGGAAAGUUCCCAGAAUUUUCUGCUCUUUCUAAAGAAUCUGGACAAAGUGUCGCUUGAGUUUCUCCCAAAUACUGCUUCGGUUCCUCCUCAACAUAAAGAGAUAGACACUCGCAUGACAGUUACAAGGCAGGUUGUGACCACCAUGAAUGCACCUGAUGAUUUUCCUCUGAUUAAGAUGCAGCUCAAUUGUCUGCAGUGUUUAGCAAGUCUGAAUACAAAAUACAAAGAGGUUAUCAACUGCUUUGAGAUAAAUAUUGUCGAAGUAGCCAGGAAAACUGAAGAAAAUGAGCUUGUGAAAUACUGGCUUCUAUAUUCAUGCUUUGGCAUGGGCAGAUCCUUGAAGAUGGCAAUAACUAAAAGAAGUGACCUUAGCUUUUCUCUACCAGUUGGAAGUGUUGCUGUACCUCUGAAGAAAGAUCCAGCUGGAGUACAUUGGGAACCUGACACAAGUCAUUUUCAAGGCCAGAUGUUUUGUUUCCUCCCACUCUCAAUUUUUUCUGGCCUUCCAGUGCAUGUCAAUGGAUCUUUUUCUGUAACAUCAAAUCGCAAGAACCUUUGGAAAUCUGGAAUAAAACACGUGUGGAAUCAGGCUCUACUGGAAGACAGUGUGAGCAGUGCUUACAUUACCGUGCUGGUAGUGUUGAAGAAAAUGACACAGGAGGGGAAACUCAGAAAUUACACUUGCUACACAUUUUGGCCUGACUUUAAAAAAGUAAGGACAUCUUUUCAAGCACUGGUCGUUGCUUUCUACUCUGCAGUUGCUCAGAACUUUAUUGGCACCCCCGUUGAACUCUUUAGCAAUGGGCAAAACUGGUGCUCAAUAGAAAAUGCCAGAUUUUUGCACCCUGAAAUAGAGAAACAAAAGGAAAUUGGGGACAUUGCAUUAAAGGAGUUUUCAGACAAAGUGAAGAAACCUUGCUUAGCUGUUCCUCUUCCAGAGUGGGUGAGAAGCAGCUUUGAGUCAACUGGAUUUGGCAAGGCAAUUCAAGAGAACACAUUUGACUGGUUUCAGUUUUACAGCAAAGUUGUGUUCAAUAACCUACAUGCCAUGGAUCCCAGAAACAGAAAUGCUCUUGUCUUGCAUGCGAUUGACAUGAAUGAUGAAGCAAUCAAUAAUCUACUGACAAGUCACCCUUGCAUUCCAACACAAGGUGGCAGGCAGCUCCAGUACAUUGGGAAACUUGUGAAUCCUGCAGGGAAAGUUGCUCGCCUGUUUGAAAAGGAGGAAGGCCGUGUCCUUGAAGGAACCUCAAAAGACUUCUGUUCUCCUCAACGGAUUUUUAGAUUGCUGGAACUCGGAAUGCUGAGUGACAGUCUAUCCUUGACUGAUUUAGUGGAAAGGGCAGAGACCAUUGCCAGUGUAUGGGAACGAGAUAAAGAGAAAGCAUACAAGCAUGUUUCCUGCAUUCUGGAUCUAGCAAGUAAAUUAUUGAAUGAUACCUCCUCACCUGCCUGGAGAGCCCUGAGAAAUAUACCAUUCAUUCCAGCUUGCCUUCCUUUAAUUGUCAGUAAGGGAAAAGAGGCUGUCACACUUAGGAAGCCCACAGAAGUUUACAUUUCUAGUUUUUGGAAUCUGGUGAACAUGACACAGUUCACUGUACAUCAAGAAAUCCAGUAUGCAUACCCAGUGAAUUCCCAUGAUGCUGUCCUAGUAGAACUGGGAGCUCUGAGUAAACCACCACUGAAUACAGUGCUUCUUCAGCUGGAGAUGGCAGGUGCUCUAUAUGAAGAACUGGAUGAAUCUCUGCUAUCUGAAGUGGCCAUUCAAUGCUAUAAGUAUUUGGAAAAUGUGUUGAAGGGAAAUAACCAAUCCCACAUUUUUGUUUAUAAAAAGGCACAACAAUAUCCCUUCAUACUUAUUGAAAAAAAGCUUGUAAGUGUGAAUACUGUGGCAAAGAAAGUGUCCUUUGAUGCAAGACCAUACCUUUACGAGCUUCCAAACUCUUUUUCCAAAUUCAAAAACCUCUGGGAAUGUGUUGGCCUUAAACAUGCGUUUACUUCACAAGACUACAUGGCUGUGCUCCAAAGCUUGGCUGCAAAGUACAAGGCAGCCGCCCUACCCCCUUGUGACCUUGAGCUCUGUCUCAGAAUUGUUAUAAAUGGCUUGCACGAGGCCCAUGACAGCAGAUAUACAGAGUAUCUCUUGCCUGAUAGCCGUGGUGUGUUACGUCUUUCCAGUCAGCUCUAUUACAAUGACAGUCCAUGGCUGCCUGUUCCCGAAAGUCUCAUUUUGUGCCAUGAGCGCAUUUCCCGUGCUACUGCCCUUCACUUGAAGGUACAAACAACUCGGCAUCACAUGCUACAGAAUCAUAAAGUCUCUGGAUUUUCACCCUUUGCUAGCGAGUUUGGACAGCAUGAAAAACUGACUGUGCGGCUGAGGAACAUCAUUGCAUCUUAUCCUUCCAAGAAGGACAUCCUGAAAGAGCUCAUACAGAAUUCCGACGAUGCGCAGGCAACUGAAAUUCACUUUGUUUGGGAUGCCAGGAUGCAUAGCACAAGAAAAACGUUUGGAGAGAAAUGGAAUCAACUACAAGGACCAGCACUGUGUGUGUACAACAACAAGGUGUUCUCUGAGGUGGACAUGCAGGGUAUUCAGCAACUAGGUGAAGGAGGAAAGAACAGAGCACCAGGGAAAAUUGGAAAAUAUGGAAUUGGGUUUAAUUCCGUUUACCAUCUUACAGAUUGCCCAGCAAUCUUAACAGGAGACAAAUGGCUUUGCAUUUCUGAUCCACAUCUCAGCUAUCUGGAGCCAGCAACAAAGGAACAUCCAGGCUGCAAGUUCUCACUAGAAACAGAAUUCAAAAAUGCAUUUGUGGAUGUGUAUGAUACGUUCCUACCAUCAGUCUUUAAUCUUACCGAAGGUACCAUGUUUAGGCUUCCAAUAAGGACAGAUGAGAUGGCUGUGACGUCAGAAAUAUCUAACCACGCAGUCAACUCCAGUGACAUUAAAGAACUUCUGGAAGCUCUUUCUGAAGACCCCGAAGGCUUGAUUCUCUUUCUGCAGCACAUCAGAAAAAUUGAGUUCCAUCAAUUCAAUAAAAGUACAAAUCAGCUGCAGACACUGUUCACUGCUGAACUGAAGCUAUCAGAAGACAGCCGCAUAAAAAAGGAACCUUUUCAAAAGCAUAUGCAGAAGACUUUAGCUUCAGACUUUUCAGAAGGAUCCAUAAGUCCAUACCAGAUUAUGUACACCAUGGAAGUGUUAUCUGAUAAAAAAAACAGUCAAUGGAUCGUGGCAGAGCAGUUUGGGGUGCCUAGUCAACACCACUGCACAAAGAACACUGACUGUAAGAGAUACGGAAGAAUUCCGCACGGAACUGUUGCUGCCUGUUUGAAUGCUGAAAUUGAAGGAAAAGCUUUUUGUUUCCUACCAUUGCCGGGCCAUACAGGCCUCCCAGUUCAUGUUAAUGGAAAUUUUGAGGUGGACACAUCCAGAAGGGUCCUGUGGAAGGAAGAUGGCAAGAGUGAGAAGACUGACUGGAAUGAGCUACUCAAACUGUGUGUCAUUGCACCUUUGUACGCUGACCUGUUGGACUACAUUCGAGCAAACAACAUUAAAGGUCUAAUGUCGCCUUUGGAACUUCUUUGUUAUAGCCUGGAGCACUUCUACUUGAGAUUUUUCCCCCAUGUUUCAGAUCAUGUAGCACAAGAGUGGCAAGGAAUGAUCCAUGAGCUUUACAAGUCAAUCUGUAAAAAACAGCUGCCUGUAGUGCCUGUUUUAUGUAAGUCAACUUGCCAAACUGUAAGAGAAACUUCAAAGCAAUACACAGUCACCUGGUCUGCCUUUUCCAAGCCAGACCUAGCUGAAGCACCAUAUUUCACAAACAAAGAGAGUGAGAGCUUUCUUCAGCUUCUAAUGGAUGUUAGAAUGAACCUGGUACCCAGUUCAAGGAGUAUGGAUGAACUAUUGAAAAGUGUUAGGAAAGUAGGAGCUGAAGUCUUGGUACUCAACCCAGAGGCAUUAAGAAACUAUCUGAAGAAAAAGCUGCUGAAUGUUUUGCCAUUACCAGUCAGCCAGACAUUAAUCAAGAACAAGUUAAGAUGUAAAACCCUGUUGGAUUACUGUCUUAAAGACAUUAACGGGAAUAAUUCCAGUACUUUGGAUGGAUUGCCCCUUCUACUUACUCAUGAUGGAAUGCUGAGGCCUUUUCAAAGCACGGCUGCAAAAUUCCUCACAAGGUUUGUUAAGUUGUUUCAAGGGCUAGAACACGGGUUUGCAGACUACGGCAUUAACCACAGCCAUUUUGAUGUUCUUCAAAAUGCCAAUCUUCUGAAAGAAUUGACAAUUCCUCUCUCAGCAGCCUUUCUAACAAAUCAACUCCGCACCCUUGUUCAACAGUCUGAAGUUGAUUCAUGCUCUUCGCUGCACAUUCUAAAUGAGAGGCUGUCAAACUGGCUAAAACUUUUGUGGCAAUACAUUGAGGAUCAAGUCCAUUCUGCAGCUCAGAAGAAUAGAAAAAACACCUUCAACAAAGCAAAAGAGCUGCUUUCUGAUUCUUCUAUUAUCCCUGUCAUUUGCCCCAAACAAAAUAACAAGCAAUUACUAACAACCAUGAAUUCAUUACCAAGUGUUGUUUUUGACUCACCGGAGGUAUUAAUUGCUAUUCUUUUUAAGCUGGGGUUUGUCAAAGUAGAUCGCUCCUUCUUCUCCACUGAAUUUCUACAGUGCUACAUCGUGCCUGAGCUGCUAAAUGUGGCUGAUAGGAGUGCUGUUUUGGAGCAACUGUACUCACAACAAAAUCUAGAAUUUGAUAAGCUUAGUGGCUGUGACUUGGACAGCCUCCUCUUGUAUCUGCAGGCUGGGUUAAGUGCUUCCAGUAAUUCAAACACUUACCUAAGUAAGCUGAAGUCAUUGCCUCUGUUUGAAACAGUGCAAGGGAGGCGUCAAAGGAUUGACAGGCACAGAAAUGUGUUCAUCUUAAACACUGAGCUCAUACACACAUUUUCUGACUUGUACCUAAUCGAUAACAACUCUAUUUUCCUCAAAUAUACUUCAACCAACCUCCACUUGUCCAGUUCCAUGAAAAUCGACAUUCUCAAUGAUGUGGAGUUCUAUGUACAGUUCAUUUUGCCUUUCUUAAGCAGGCUGACUGAGGCUCGGAUGCUAAGUGCUGUUCGAAUGCUGCUAGAGAUACAGAACAACUAUGAAGACUACAUACAACACAAAGACUGCAUCCUGUCCCAUUUGAGAAAUGCAAGGUUCAUAAAAGAUAUCCAUGGCAAUCUUCAGGCAGCCUCCUAUUUCUAUGAUGAUGAGGUUGAACUUUAUCAGCUCAUGCUCCCAGAUGUACGGUUCAUCCCCACAGAGUUUUGGUACAACAUGGGAUGUAACCAUAAAAGGGUAAAAAAUCUGCUCAAGGAUCUUGGGUUUAAGCAUGCUGUAUCAGAGGAAGAAUUAAUUGAAUUCGCACAACAAAUUGAAAAGGAUGCCAAAAGGAACGUUUCUCUUGCACUGUUAAAGAGAAGGUCUACUAAAGUUCUGGAGACCCUUUUGAAUACAUCCCAAGGGGAACUACAUGCUUACGUUUUGAGCAGGAUAUCAACAAUUAAAUUUGUUUUCCCCCAGGAAAUGCAAGAAGAACUACGCAGAUACCAUGAACCUUUUGCAAGAGACGAGGAAGCCGUGUCAAUCAGCGGGUCACUCAUUAAAAUGGACUCAAAGUCUGAACUUUUAAUUUGGACCUCUAUGCCAAUACUACCAUUAGUCAAUACUACUAUAAGGCAUGUAAAUAUACUGAAAGAAGCUGGAGCUGUCUGUAAGCCACCUACUGAAUGUGUAAUUCAGAAUCUGAAAACCAUCUGUCAAGUACUGUGCCAGACUCCUGCUAUGAUCCAAACUAGAGCCAACGUUCUCCGUCAUUCGUAUGCAUUUCUGCAGACAGUAGAUUUUGAUGCUCAGUCUUUGAUUGACCUUCCACUUAUUCUGGUUGAAGAAGAUGCUGCACUGGUUAAACCAAGCUGUGUGGUUCUGAGUGUGAAGGAUGAUAAGGAUUUCAGGCCAUACUUAUAUAAAGUUCCUUUCAAGCUAGCAAUAUACAUUGACUUCUUUCAGAGUGUGGGUGUUGCAGAAACCCCUUCUGCAAAGCACUACAGCAGCCUCCUUAGAGAUGUUUAUGAAGAUUCAUCUGACAAGCAAACACUAAAUGCAAAUCAGAUAAAAACUGUUAAAAGAGCAGUGGAACAUCUUUUUCAUCUGUUGACAGAAGAGCCUAUGGAGCGCCAAUUGGAGCAUCUCAAACCCUUAUACCUGCCAGCAUCAAAUGGCAAAUUGUACAAGUCAGAAUCACUGUAUUUUAAUGAUACAGCUUUCCAGGUUAAAAGAUGUGAAGAAGUCUUGGAGAUGAAAUUGAAAUUUCUUGAAAAACUUAGCAAGUGUAACCUCAGUAGUGAUUCCUAUGAACAACAGAAGCUGCUUCAGAUGCUGCCUAAGGAGAUCUGUCCCAAAAUGCUGUCCAAGGUCACAAAGGAAGACCUCAUGGAUGCCACUUUGAAAGUGUGUGAAUAUGGAGAACACUGUGAAUUUUGGGGCUAUUUUGAUAACCGUUUGUCUUCAUCCUACUUUCAGCAUGGACUUGUGUGUCUUAUAAGAGGACAAUUCAAUGGUAGUGUGUCUGAAAGUGAUGCUGUUAAAAUGUGUGAACAUAUGUUUUCCAAAAUUCAGAUCAUCUGCUGUGAGACACUCGAAACAGUACUUUUACUUAAUAAUGAACCCCUCAGCAAUACUGAAGUUGAAAAGCCAGUAUAUGUGAAAAGGAAUCAAAAUGGCUGCACUUUUUACCUGCUACACAAGAAUGACAUGAUCCUGAAGGUAAUAUCUAAAAUAAAUGGCUGCCUAGUAAUGGAGAUCAAUGCCUUUUUAAGCAAUGUGUUGAAUCAGGAAUCACUCUUGAUUCUUGGGCAGCUGCUGGUGUGUGAAAACUUUGAAGACGUAAAGAACGUUUUAGAAGAGAGUGGUAUACAGGACAGUAGAAUGAAAGAGGAUGGGCAAAGUGACCUGCCAGAGCCUGGCAGUAUUAUUCCCGAUGAGUGGAUUGACUCCCUUGACAUGGAUUUCCUCAAUAACUUUGAAAAAGGAGAGUAUGUUGGCUACAAGAAGCCAUCAUCCGAGGACGAAAUUUAUUGCUAUGCAGUUGUUGUGGAAGUUGUGAAUACAACAGAAAACCAAGGAGGAGCAGCUUUUCACAGAUAUAAGAUCAAUAUAGGGGAAGAUGAGGUCGUUGAAGUAAGCUCCCUUGACCUUUAUCAGUUUAAGAGGCCAAAGAGAUCACCGUUUUCCACUAGAAACACCUGCAGAGCACUUGUUCUCUCUGAACGUCCAUCAGAGGCUCCACCUUCACCUGAUAGAACCCCAGGAAAAUCGCUGGAGGAGAUUAAAAGAGAAAUUGACGAGUGCUUGAAAGACAUCUGGUCUCUGCUGGAGGAAGAAAGACAAAAAGCAAUCAGACGUCUCUACCUGAAGUGGCAUCCAGACAAGAACCCAGAGUGUGUCGAUCUUGCCACAAAGGUCUGUCAAUACAUACAACAGCGAAUCAAAGAGAUGGAAGAGGGCCAAUCUGCAAAUGGUGCCAGAGCCAACAACUCCCCUUUUAGGACCCAAAGAAAUCAGAGCUAUGGAGGUUUCUACCAGCGGUGGGACAGGGAAGCAUCUCGACAUAAAAAAGGGAGGACUAGGUUCCACCAACGCUAUUCCUCAUGGGAAUAUAACUUCUGGACUUUCCACGGACAGCAACAGGAGAGGUCUAACAUUCCAGAAGCUCAGCGCUGGUUCAGGCAAGCACAGUGUGACCUUGCUGCUGCUUCAAAUGACAGUGGAGACAAAGCUUCAGAAUGGCUCUUCUUCAAGGUCCACCAAGCUGUUGAAAAGGCCCUGAUAGCUGCACAGUACAGGAAAAAUGGGAACCAACCAACACAUAGCACAAUUACUCAUCUUGCCCAGCAGGUGUCUCAGUAUAGCUCUAAACUCAGCAUUUUACCUGGCUCAGUACACAUGUUAAAAGGAUUUGGUGUUGAUGCCAAAAAGACUCAGUAUCCCAGUAGUUAUCCUUUACCACUUAUUCCAAAUGAUAAGUACAGUUCUCAGAAUGAAAAGCAGGUGCUAGAACUGGCAAAUGAGGUUUUGACAAAGAUACACGAAUUUGUUUCUGAAUGAAAACUCACUUAAAAAGGAAAGCUUUGUUUUUUAAAAUAAUGUUGCUGUUGUCCUUUUCCCUAUAAUAUCACUUUCUAAAGGCAUGGUCUAAGGCCUUUCUAAAGGCUCAAGAGUAUGUAUUAUAAGCACAUGGAAAUUGUUUGCUUUAUAUCUUUAAUUGAAAAAAAACAUUCUGGUGCUAAACAUUUAUACUUAUUUUUUUACCAGCAAUCCUAGAUGUCUAGCAUUAGAACUGAAUUUGAGUUACAGCAAAAAAUGUUUUAAAAGCUGAUAGAUCAUUUCUGUCAUAAGGUUUUCAUGCUGAUGUAAUUUAUGAGCGCACUAAAAUGAAAGUAUGGUUUGAACUUUUGGGAAGGGUGUUCUAGUGAAAGUCUCUCUUAUUUAAAUGUGUGGCUUUGAAGAGUGAACUGGAGGGUGAAGGUCCAUUACUUCACUUAAAAAGAAAACGUGUACCCCUUUGGCAAAAAUUCACCCUAAAGAUUUAGGAUCAGUCACUUAAGUGUUAGCUUAAGUAAGCAUUGUUAUUUUUGUAUUCUUUCUAUAUUAGUAUAAUUGCACAGUUGUCAUAUUUUAUAAGAAAAUUAUAAUACAGUAUAAAAUCCAAUUAUUUUUACCCUCUGCAAGCUUUGAAAUUUUUCUACUAAUACUUUGCUUUACAGAAACAAAUGUAUACUCUGUAUAUGAUGGUAUCCUGUUAUUAUUGUGUAAUAUUAUAGUGAUGUACCUCUUUUAUGGGAGUGAAAAGGUUUCAAAGAUGUAACUCCGAUAUCCUAAAAUUACCCUAAACUUAAUUACAUUUAUUUAGAUGUGUGCUUACAUUGUUUCAGUACAUAAAAAGUACUGAAAUCCAUUGUACAGUAAAUUGCCCAUUCUUAUAUGUUUAGGUCAGGUCUCAUUUGUACAUGAGCUUGGUAUCUUAAUUCAUGUUAUACCUACACAAACCCAAAAUGAAUAGAGAUAUAACCUAAUAAAUUGUUUUCUAAUCUA